AUGGAGUUCGAUGCGUUGCUCAACACUCUCUGCUUGACGAGCUUCGUCCUCUUCGGGCUCUGGAUCGUAGCGCAUGCUGUACAGGUGGUGGAGCUGCACUUCAUGAUGCAGGCCUACACGCAUCACAAAACAUAUAUUUUUACAAUACCAUUUGUGCCGCUCAUAACGCGGCUGUUUCACGAGAUGGCCGUGCCGCAGUUCUUGGCGUCUGAAGCGAUCCAGCGGGGCGAGCUGCCGCCAGCCAUGAGGACGCAUGGCCAUCGCACACCGGCAGCGGUGCCCGUCGAGUAUGUUGACGCGGACGGUGCCCCAUCACUAUCAACCUUGACGAACUUCGACGCCGUCAGUAGCGCAUCAUUGUCACCACCGUCCCCAUCGGCGCUCAGCACGGUCCUGAACAAGUCGCCCGCCAACACCCCCACAGACAGCCUCAGACGCAGAGCUGGCAGGACAAAGAAGGAGAGGAAGCGCAAGCGGGCUGGUGACGGUGUGGAUCGGGAGAGCGCGCAGCACCAAGAGGAGCUGCGGCAACAGGGCUCCGUGGCUGUGUCCAUUUUAGACCCCAAUCUCGCAGCCGCUGGCGACUUGGAAUUUUCCUCUUCGCCCAGCCCGGCGUGGUGGGCGCCGCAGUUGGAAGGUCGAUGCUUAGUAUUCGGUCUCCGCCUGCCGUUCGAGCUGCUCCCUGCAUCGAGGUCGGCGCCGCCGGCAAGCGCGUUCGCGAACGCGGAAGCGCGUGGUGUAGGUGGCAGUAAUAGCACGGGCAACCGGCCUGGAAGUGGCCACGGCGCCACGACGCGCCAGCCGACCGUGAACCUGCAGCUCAAGCAGUACCAGCUGAUCCCAGCCUCUCUCGUUGCCUCUGCGGCUGCGCCGUCACCGGCCUUGCACCACCACACAGUUCUAUCCAGCAACGCAGAGCUGCAGACACAAGUAGCCGUCGCACAGCAACUCUCGGUGGCACCAGUGCGUGUAUACACCCGUGCCGCACAAUCGCGUGCGCGCAUCAACACAUCCGUCGUGCCGUCGCCUCUUCAGUGCUACUCGUCCCCGGCCGCCUCUUCACCGAGCCGCUGCACAUGGCCCGGUGCGUUGCCGCUUGCUCGCACGCCAUCGCCGCACCUGGACUUUGAUUCUAUCAAGUACGCCUAUACGCAGUACUACCAGCGUCUCCUGGAGACGGCCGUGGCGGAGCAAGCCGCCAUCGCCCACCGCGCGCGCAAGCACCGCAAGUUGGCCAAGAGUGCGCAGCACAUAGCGACGAUGCUAAUGCACUACCUCAAGUACGCACGUAUAGAUGACGACGUUGAGGAUGAUGUCAACGACGGGGACGCGGAGGGCAGAGCUGGAGGCGGCGGUGGCAGCGGCUCAGCGGUCGACACUAGUCGGGCUGCAUCCAGCAAGCGAAGAACCGCGGCGACACCGAGAGCCAGAGCCGGACAUGGCAACGCAAGCGUCUUCCCAUCACGCAUCAAGCGCAGACGCCGCGCUAGAAGUGGAAAGAACCGUGGCGGGGUCGGCAUGGGCGCGGCAGACCGUCCUCAGCGCAGCUGUGGGCCAUGGAUACCGGUGCUGGGCGACAGCGCUUGGCAUCAUAGCGACAAGUACGAUGCAGUCAGACGAGACGGAGACUUGGUGUCGUCGGCGCUGUCGAGCCACAGCCUUUACCAUACCGCGGCGCCCCUGUCGCCUUCGCAGCUUUUGCCGACUCAGCAGAGUUCGCUCAACAGCCGCUCAUCACCGUCGCUCAUGCAGCCGUCGCAGACGGCGGUGGUUCCGCCACCGCUGCCUCCCGUAUACGAGCUACGACGCGGCAUCAGCAAGCGUCGCCGACGCGCAGAGACGCCGAGUAUCGCGGACAGCGCCGUCGAGGCGCUCGAGGGCCUCGUGGAGCGAGUGCGGCUCGCGCAGACGCUGCGGCCGCGGUACCAGUCGCUGCUUUGCACUGUCCGCUUCGCAGCUGAGAGAUUUAUCGUGCGUCGUGGUGCGAGCGAGCCGCCAACAUGGACGCCGCUGCAGACGGUCGCCGCGGCCGGUGUGGCCUGCGGUGGUCUGUCAUCGUCGGCGACAGACGGCCGCGGUGCGGCGAAACCGAAAACGCGGUGCUCCUCCUCCUCUUCCUCGCUCUCUCCUUACCGGCUGCAUCUGCAUCGGCGGUAUGGCAGCACGAGCAGCGACAGCGCAACCGCGGUGCGGUCUCCGCUGGCGAACAGUAACGCGUCCGCUUCAGCGUUCGGAGCUCAAGGCAGCUGGACCGCGUUUGGCUACUCUGACAACUCCGUCGACCGCCGCAGCAGUGGCGCUCGCGUCCCCGCAGCGUUGUCAUCGCAGAUCUCAAACGACUUCGCCGGAGGACAAUUUCCAGGAGACACGCGCUCUUUCUCCCUUCUUCCAUUGCGGCCCUCGCCAUUGACGGCCAUACCGGCGGAAAGCCGCAUCGACAGCAGGAACAACAGCAGCUUCCAUAGCCAUCGAAGCGACUCGCCGUCGCCCGCGCUGGCUCUCCCCAACGCCAUUGUCACUGCGCCCACCAAUGUGUCUGCCGAAAUCGCGGCGGCACUCGCGAUACCACCAUCGAUUGCCGUCAGCAGCAGCAGCGGCAGCACCAGCGCCGCGAAUGCCGCUAUACAGUUCCUGCGUGCGAGUCGGCUACGAGAGAACAACAUCCGUGCUGCCAUUGCGGCAGGCGCUGGCAUCAGCGCCGUCAGCCCCCCUUCUCUCUCUUCGAUAUUAAACCCCAGCCCAGCCACGAGCCUAAGCAGUAGCAGCUUCUACUCGGCAGUGGCUGCGCCUGCCGCAACCCGAGCACCACGCGAAGUCGGGUCACCGCACCGGUGCGCCGUCGAGGCCGAUUUAUCGAUGAGUGCUGAAGGGGCGCUGCCGCUAUCGAGGGACGUCGCCACCACGGGCAACGAGCCCGUGUCCCUUCCGGUGGACAACGGAGACGCCAGCGGCAAAGAGGUGCAGCGGAUCGGCGCGGCUGUCGCUGCCGCAGGAGCGGUGCACGCGCCGAUGGAUGAGGUAAUGACGCAGCAAACGCCGUCUCGAGCCAAAGACACCGCCUCGCGGCUACUCCGACAACAGCGGCAUCCACAACCUGCUUCGAGCAGCAGCGAGGAGGCUCCGCAGCGCGGUGCAGCGAGCGCGACUUCGCCGUCAUUGCAGCCGCGCUCGACGGACCUGCGCAUUGUCUACGUGAUUGGAGCUGAUCGCGCGACGCUGCUGCGAAGCCUCACGCUGGACGCAACGCGCAGCUUCGCCGCAGGCACGCGUAACUUUCUCUGUUUCUUUACUCGAAAGGACGAGCGGCGUGCGCAGCGGCGGUACAUGGAACAGCUCGACCGGCAGAACCGGGCUGCGUUGCAGCUCUUGAUGCUCCACGAGACGCCUGCGGACGCCCCUCAACCACGUGAGCAGCGUGACAGAGGGAACACCGCUAUCGGCCACGUGCACGUGAACAGUGCAGCGCCCCUGUGCAACCGUGCAGAGGAAACGCUUUUAAGCGCCGGUGUCACAGCCGCAUUGCGCAGCGUCCCGGGACCACCGUGGAACGUGCGCGCGACGUCGUGGACAGACGUGAACCCCCCCAGCGGCGGUUCGCGUAUGUGCGGGUCGGGCUCCGUAGACGGCGGUUUUGGUGGUGCCGGCACAGUCAACCAGCAGCCGCGUGCAACGAGGCCGAGUAAGACAGCCUUCUUCAACGUCGCCGGCGCCGACCUGCUGGCUCUGGAGGCAACCCCAACAGACAGCGCCCCCGCCACCGUCACAGCACCGUCGGCGCAUCAGUGCGACGACUCUUUCUUAUCCAUGACGCAAAGCCUCGAGGCCAGCUUUCGCUCAGUGCGGGAACUCUCGCACGCAGCGCAUCCAGGCACCGCAGAAGUCGCAGCGGCGAGCGUGGCGCCUGAUAACCGGAGCAGUAGUGCACCGGUGUUCGCCGCCACCCCAUCGCUCUCGAUGGCGCAGCCGAUGCCGACGGCCCCUGCCCCACCGGCGCCUCUGGCCGCAUGCGGCGAUGGAGAAGCCGCUCGUGGAGCAGAAGCAGAGGGCACGUUAGCGGCACACUCACGGUCGCCGUCGCUGCUGUCGCACGACUCGGAGAAGCCGUCGAACACGGUGAGUGUCUUCGAGCGCCCUUUGCUCACUUUUCCCAGCCUCGAGGGCACCAACAAUGACAGGGCCGGCAGUGCCCACGUGGAACGGCGGUCGAGUGUCGGUGAGGUGGACUCGGGGGCGCUGCUGCCGCACCAAGGUGCGGCUGACACAACAGCACCGCCGCCCCUACCGUCUUACACGGAGGUUGCCGAGCCGCUCCACCUGAAAGCGAUCAUCGCCAGUAACCCCAAGGCUGGCGACCAAGGCAUCCUCGACCACGGUGCCACAGAUGCCGCCGCUACCACGAACCCCGUCGCUGACGCUGAUGUGCUGCCACUGUGCUUGGCAUCGAACUCUGAAGAAUCAGCGGCAGCGGGCCAUAAGCACGUGGAUGUGGCGCCGCCCACGGUCAGCACCGCCGCCUCUCCGAUCCCUGCGGCAUCGGCUGCCCCUAAGAAAGACAGCAAGGAGAGCGAAAAGCACGCAGCCGCAGCGACGGCAAAAACGGACUCUGAAGCCGCCGUCAUCGACUCGGUGUCAGCUCACGACGUCCGACAGUACCUCGCGACUGUUGGCGUGACGCUGCCGCAGCAGGUGUACCUCCUGCGAGACGCGGGCGCGUUGACGCCGCUGCAACAGCUGCAGCGUAGCCUCGCCGCCUCUUCACAUCACGCCUCUGUGCUAACCUCGCGAAAAGACACUUCUGCGCACAGUACUGGCACCGACGCACCAACCGCGGCGGUGCCGCCCACCGUGGGUGGCACUGCGGCACACCACCGCGCAUUGCUGUCUGCCUCUGCCGCUGCGGUGCUCAGUCGGGGCGCCACUCGCGUUGUGGAGGGGCAAGUUGAGGUGGCGGAGCUGUCACUUGAUGUGCUGCGUCGUCAAAUAUCGCCUUUUGUGCCACUGGUGCCGCCACCGCUGAGCGACAGUGAUGGCGACGACGGUGCCGGGAGUUCGAUGAGCGGCAGUGGCAGCGAUGCGUCCGGUGCUCGUGAAACAUCGGAAUCGUACUCGCGCAGCAGUGGAGCGUCUGACGAUGACGACGGCAAGGUCGUCGUCCGGGAGGAUGUGGCGGGCGCGAGGCGCAGCUCGCCAUUCCGCCGACGGGGGAAGCCGCCGCAGAAGUCGAGGACCGCCGCCGCGGCCAACCAUCACCUCGGGCACUCCUCAAAGAAUCGCGGGCCCGCGCAGCGCUCUGGCAAAGCCUCGCGCCCACAGCGGGCGCAUUCGCGGCGGCGGCAUCAGCAGCACUCCCGGUCGUCAAGGGGCCACGGGCGGACGAGCGCCCGGUCUUCCCUGAAGCGCCGGCGACGUCAGCAUGAGCGGCGUCGCAAGCGCCACCUCGAUCGUUGGAACAGACACAUCCAGCAUCAGCGCGCGGCGGCCAACAAGGCUGACAGCAUCCCCGUCGCCGCCGGCGUGCUGUUCUUCACGGCACCGCCGAAGUUGCCCACGGCGCUAGCCCGGCAGCAGCGACAGCUGUUGCUAGAAGAGCUAGAGAGUGGCGAGCGAGGGCGGCUGUUGGUCCCGGACUGGGCAUUGAGCGGGUCCGAGGUCGCCGCACCAGCCACUGGUGCUAACGAGGACGCUCGACAGGACGUGCAGCUGGCGCCGUCGUCAUCCCCUCACAACGGACGAUCACCGCCGCGCAGUAUCUGCGUAACACUCAUCUACGCCGCCACCGCCGAGCAGGUGGCGCAGGCACUGGUGCGAGCCGCAGAAGUCGCUGCAACAGCGCUAAAGAGCCAGAGCGCCGCGUGUGAUGCAGCUGAUGGAUGGGGCCACCGAAACAGGGAGGCCGCCAACCUUGUACGAAGCCGGAGCCCGACGGUAGCGGCACGGAGAAGGAAGCGCACGUGCAGCGGCCGUGACAGCCACGAGUUCCUGAGCAGCAACGCCGACAACGGGCUGUGCUUGUCACGGCCGUCACAGCAGAGGCCUGAAGCGGCGUUCAUGGGCGAAAACUGGCAUGGCCAUCGAGAUGUGUCAUUGGCGAGCACGGAAGCGCCCAGCAAGAACAGCCUGUGCCAUUCCUUUGUCUCCGAGAAGUUGAUGCCGCGGCUGUCGCGGGCGGCCUUCUCGACUGUGGCCCCCGACGCCUUCGUCGGCGGCGAGAACCUCCGCAACAACCGCCCCGUAGACGUGCCGCCUCCAAGCCUUUGGCGCAUCCUGUCGCCGAACGGCUGCUCCGAGACGGCAACCUUCUCGGAAGAGAGUAUGGAGGACACGGAUUUUAGUGGUCGACACGGUGGCAAGGGCGACGGUAGCACGGCAGCACCCGCUGCUGCAGCCUCGCCACUCAUACGUAUACAUGACAGGCCGCCAUCUUUGCUCUUGAUCACCGAAUCUUCGGACAGCGCCUACGACUACUGCGAAGGCCGUAGCGGCAGCGGAGGGAGCGCGACAGCGGUGGGGGGCCGAUGGGACAGCCUUGGUCGCGACGCCGCCAGUGAUGGUUCUGGUGCCGGUACCAGCUAUGACGGUGUCGGGCACACCGGUACGUCGGUGUAUGUUGAAGAGCUCGAACGGAGCAGCAGCAGCGCCCGCGGCAGCUCAGCGCACUUCGCUGACAGCGGGGACGCUGACGACGACGUUGAGUGGGCAAGUUCAGCGCGCGUCUCUGCGGCCAGCGUGCACGCCGCUAAGCCGCCGUCGAAAAGCGUUCGGUUCAAGGCCACCGAGGCUAGGCGGGGCGAGGAGGACAAGGUUGACGUGGCGCACGAGCUGAUGAACGUGCUGCGCGAUUCAGCGUGCUUCCCUGAUGGCGUCCCGGUCGGCGUCUCCCUUGCCUACGUGCGCAUCGGCAAUGACCUCUACGCCAUCACGGAGGUCGUGGACCGCACCUUCCUGCAGUACCGCGAGGAGCGCGUCAUACAGUCUCGCAAGUCUCGCGAGGAAGGCGACAGCUGCAGCGCAGGCGAUGGCGACGAUGAUUCGCUCACAUCGCUCUCCGACAGUGCCGAGGAUGCUCAGGCAGACAGCUCGCUCUCUUACUCGUCCGUAAGCAACUCGUCUGUCGCGUUGGACACCUCCUUCAAGACGCUGGACGCCGCCCUGAAAGUCAUCCAGGAGCAGCAUAAAGCUGCAGCGCAACAACAAUACCGUCGGCUGCAUCGCCGCCGUGCUGUCUCGGCAAGCAACUUCGGCGACCUGUCCUACUCCCUCGCCGGCUCUGCGCCGCUGCGGCCAGGCAUGCGGCGGCAAGAGGUGCACAUGUGCUGGCGGUGCCUCAGUGCCGAGGCGGCCGUAAUCUUCGUGCCUUGCGGCCACUACGCGGUCUGUGAAGCGUGUGCAGAGGUGCUGGCGGACUGCUGCCUGUGUCGCACACCGAUCCUGUCGAGUGUGGUGCUGCUGGAGCACCACAACUCUCAACAAGCGCAAAAGCCGCCGUCGGAGCAGACGUGA